AAGAACCUACGUGAACUGAAGGACCUGCGUAAGCCCAAAAUGACCUUUUGGUCUUAUUCAUGACCUGAGAAGGCUUUAAAAGAGAAGUCAGCAUGAUGGAAAAGCAAGGAAGACCUUGCAGCUAUUGACUGAUGGGUAUGAUGGCAGGUAAUGUAUUACACUAAUAAGCAGAUUGAUGUAACUCAAAGAUGUUGAUUAAGGUUAAUCUGUGAAAAAUCCAGUAAUAUCAAAGCAAAGAAUUAAGAUAGAUGCAAAAAUUUUGCGCCAAAAUAUGUAUUUCAUUCAUGUGAUUUGUAGAAUUUACUUCUGUAUUUAUUUCCAGUCAUACAGCGUGGUGUGUGGGCUUUGUUGCUCUGGCCAUAUCUUCUUACUGGCAGCCUCCCACUGGACUGUAGAGAAGAUCAUGGUAGUUUCUCCCGCUGCCCCUCCAUCUCCCAAGAGAAACUUCUAGACCGGGUCAUCCAGCAUGCUGAGCUUAUCUACCGCGUCUCAGAAGAAUCCUGCUCUUUGUUUGUGAGUAACAUUCAACCAUGGCUCCUUAGAAAUGCCUCUGCACUUAUGUACCGUAUAGAGGGAAAAGUUCAGCAGACCCCCUAUAUCCAUAAGAUUUCUCAGUGUUGUCAGUGCAUGUGUACAACUUGAGGAGCAACAUAUCCCUCUUCACUCUCAAUAGCACAUGACAAUAGGAAAUAUUUUCAUUGUGCCUCGGAAGAAGGGAUUCAACUGAAAGGCAAUUUAAGAAAGACCAUUAGCUACAGGGGUAAUAUUCUGAUCUGCUAAUGCUGCAUAGAGUUCACUUUUAAAAAAUAAAAUCAGCAUUGAGAAAGCAGUGCUGGAGAAACGCAGCCUUGGGCAAAGGCUUCAGAGCCACUGAUGCAGAGUUUUGCCUUUAAGAGGCAAUUAUAUCGCUCUUUAUAUUGAAUUGAAAAACAGUUUUGUUACAAAACUGAGUCAUUGAGACAGCAUUGAAGGUCUUUACGUGUCCUGCUCAUCGGUGUUACAAAAAAAAGCACUUCAAGAGACUUUCCUCAUCAGUGUGGUCCUUGCAGUGAGCCCAAAUUUAUCAAUGCUGUAUGCUGUUUUAUCAUUGAGUUCAGCAUGCAUCUAUCAGCUCUUGGAAUAAGAGUUACAAUGAGAGCAUAGAAGGCUUUUUGUUGGCUGUACUAACUGUAUGCUGGACCAAAAGCUCUGACACUUUCUCUUAGAUAUUAUAUGCUAUUUGCUUUUGAUUCUGAAAAGAUCAUCGCCUCACUGCCGCGCUUCAAAGUAAUUUUCUAUUUCUCUACUGAGGCAAAGAUGUUUUAUUGAAGAAGCAGGCCUACACUGGAGUAAUAUGAAAGUGAUAAUGAUAUUCUGCAGCAGCGCAGAAUGAGAGCACAGGUUUUGCAGCCUGUUGAAUCCCCCUUCAGUCUGUGGCUCCGGAUCCAAAAUGGUCUUUGAAAUGUGUUGAUGUAGGGGUUGUUACUGAGGAGACACUGCAUGGGGUCUACAGACGCGAACAUGCUGGAGAACAAAAUGUGUUUCUGCGGUGUCUCCUGUGGCCCAGAUUGGUGAAGCUUUUGAGAUUACUUCCUCUGGUGUUUCUGUAAUUGUGAUAUGUUCUAAUUCUAUACCCAUGAGUAUUGAGGUUUUCAAUCAGUUAGAAAAAUCCACUGAAUUGCCCUCUGACUUUUCAAGGGUCUGUUUUUUUAGGGUUAGGAUGGAGUGUCAUGAUUCAAAAUCUGGCUGAUGAUUCUUAUGUAAAAUAAACUAAAGAAAUAUGAAAACUUCUCAGACAAUUUUGAGGAUGCAUAAGUUUUACAUUUUCUUCCUUGUGCUUUUACGGAUUGUAGGAGGAGAUGUUUGUCCCAUUCCCAUUACAACUCCAGAGAAACCAAGCUGGCUACGCCUGCAUCACCAAAGCCCUACCUAUCCCCAGCUCCAAGAAUGAAAUCCAGAUGAUCUCUGUAAGGACACGACAACAAUAAAACUGCACAAACUUAUUCUGUUUCCUUUGUAAGCACUUGAUAAGCUGAGUUUGAGUGCUUUUUUUUUGCGUGUGUGCCUCUGCUAUCAUUUGUCAUUGCGUAUGUGUUUACUGUGGCAGUGUCUCUUUGUGAUUGUUGUGUGACGUGAGUACACUGAUUCAAUAUUUGUGCUUUUGUGUGAUUGACUUAGAGUGUGUUUGUGUCUGCAGAUUUUUGUGCAUGUGAUAGGAAUGCAAAAAAAAUGCUUCUGUGCAAAUUAAUCUCCGAUUUAUAAAACAUGUCUGUGUCUUCUGCAGAAUUGGCAGUGAAUUGCAUGAAUUAGAGUACGGCGUAAUUAAUAUACCUUUCAGACUUACAUUUUAAUUCACUCUUGCUUUGUACCUAUGUAAAAUUGUAUUUCUGUCGAGCCUUGAAGGCUAAAAUCAGCUUGAUUGGUAGGGUCAAAACAAGAUCAAGCCUCUUAUAAAAUGGCCAGUGGGGGGUGAUUUAGCAAAAUUGAACUGUAAUCUUUUUAAUGGGAAGUUCUACAAUAAUCCACUUUCAAUUAACCAAGGCCAAGCAAUUUCUUUAAGGUAUCGUAUUCACCAAUAUUGAAAGUGCUGGUUGAAAGUUAUAUCAUAAUAUUUUACGUGUUCUCCGAAAGUGCAUAUACUGCAAGGUCCUUCCCUCUGUUCAUAAUUUAUCCUCUGCCCUUUCUGUUCAAAUGUUGCCUGCUCGGCGGUUUAAUGGCCAUUUGUAUGGUGGUCAUUUACAGUUUCUCCACUUAGGGGAUUUUUAAGCAGGCUCAACUGCCUCACCCAUGACAUUUCAUCCUACUUUAGUUGCUGUAUGUUUUGUAGCUGAUGAGCCCCCUUGAUCAAAAGCCAUGCUGUUAUUAGGUUUUUUGGUCUGAACUUCAGUCGGUUCCCCUCUUUGAUGGCGUCUGUUCAUUACUGACUUGCAGAAACUCUGGAGGGAAAAUGGCUGCUACUAAGAACACACACUGUACGGAUGUUCUCAUACAGAUACAGAUACAGAGUAUAACUAGCUCUGCUGUAAUUGUGUCUUUGUCAACUUCUGUGGUGUAUUUUAAUUAAGGAUAACUUUGUUUUGAUGUUCAUGCAGAUUCAGAUUCAUUUUGUUCUGUCAUGUAAUGAUAUAUUCGUCUUGCAGGAUAAAUGGUUGCUCCACUCUGUGCUGAUGCUGGUUCAGUCCUGGAUUGAGCCGUUGGUCUACCUGCAGGCCACACUGGAUCGCUAUGAUGGUGCUCCAGACAUGCUGCUGAACAAAACCAAGUGGGUGUCGGAGAAACUGAUCAGCCUGGAGCAGGGGGUGGUGGUUCUCAUCCAGAAGGUGGGUCACAUUUAACAAAAGAUCCAAUAGCACAUCUCAUUCCUUUGGCUUACUAAAACUCAUAUUUAACCUUCCACUAAACUGUCAAAAAUCAAAAUAAAAAAAAGUAUUUACAGUUUACAGCAGAACAGAUAUUUCUGCUGAAACAAAUAUAAAUAUGCACUUUUUUUUUCAAACAUGAUUUAUGUUAUUGUAUUUGUUUAUUAUUAUUAUUAUUAUUUUUUUAUUAUUAUUAUUGAUAAUAAUAAUGAUAAUAAUAAUAAUAAUCAUGUUUGAGAAAAAAAUGCAUAUUUAUAUUUUUGUAGUGUGAGCUGUAUGUUACAAUGUAUUAUACUGGAAGGUUUUAACUGCACCUCUGAGGUGUGGAGCAUCUCUUUCAGUUCAGGAUAGCUGUUGUCCUGUCCAUCUAAGUUCAUAUUACUGUACUUGGAUACUGUUGUAGCACUUGAUUCUCCUUUUUUUUAUUCCUGAAGAAGUUGGAUGAAAACCCUGCUCUUAAAUAAUAAGAUGGAUCAUAGACAACUUGAGCAAAAGUACUCUAACCUUGCAGAAUCAAAGCACCUGUUGAUCUCAAUGAAUACAUACUCAAUGAAUGUGCUUGUGUUUGAUCUUUCACUGGACCUGGAUCAUGGGUACAUUCUCUCUAAUGGGGCGCUUACACCAAGCGUGAGUAAAAUCAUCUACUCGCUUAAUCUGCAAAAAUCUAGACGCGUAAAUAAUCAGUAUUUACUCACUUUAUUCAGGCGUGAAUGGUUAUCCCUGCCAAUUCAACCAGCGGGUUUAAAUGAUAGACACAUUUUUUUUUUAUAAUUACCAGGUAAACCGACCUCCUCACUCACUUGUCUCCAGGCGAGCUCCUUUUAAAUUCCUCUCCUCAGUUGUUAUUUUAACCUGGCAAAGGCAACAGAGGGCAAACUCCCAAAAGAUUGUUUGUGUCGAGCUGUCAAAAAAAUCUGCAUAUCCUGCCAUUGAUUUCCAUUUCCUUUGUUCUUAGCUGGAGUUUGUAUUCCUCCCUGGCUCUUGCAGUGUUUUGAUUAUUCCCACGGCCCCGGGAGAAUUCACUGAGACUCCCUUUUUAAAUGGAGCUGGUUUCACUUCUGCAUUAGUAAAAUAAAACUGGAGACGGGAGUCAAACUGAGAGCAAUAGCUACUUUAAAAAAUACACACUUUUUGAUCAAAAUGAGCCUGAGAGAAUAAUAAUAAUAAUAAUAAUAAUAAGUAAUAGUUAUAAUUAUAUAUAUAUAUAUAUAUAUAUAUAUAUAAAAUAAAUAUAAAUAUGCACUUUUUUUUUCAAACAUGAUUUAUGUUAUUGUAUUUGUUUAUUAUUAUUAUUAUUAUUUUUUUAUUAUUAUUAUUGAUAAUAAUAAUGAUAAUAAUAAUAAUAAUCAUGUUUGAGAAAAAAAUGCAUAUUUAUAUUUUUGUAGUGUGAGCUGUAUGUUACAAUGUAUUAUGUGUACAUAAGAUUUGCAUCUUCAUUUCACUUAUAAAGCCUGUGGUAAAGUUAGAUCCUUAGAAGUCAACAUGAAUUUAGUGUUUCACCAUCUGCCCUUUGCAACCCCUGACACAAGAGGGCAGGAUUGCUCUUUUAUAAGGGUAUUAAAAUUACUGCAGUGUAUUGUCUUCUCAACCUGCCAUUUAUUAUUUAUUAACAUGGCAACUUUUAUAAAAAUCAGCAAAUAACAUCUAAACAUUUCACAGAUCAAUGAUAUGAGAGUAUUGACACACCUCUUAGUCCAAGCAAUAAUAUCAGUUGUUACUUUUAAUUGGCCUGAAAUUGCCGGGCUGCAUUGCCACCAUGAAACCAGCAGGAACCAGAAGCAUUUUUCUGUCUUUCUUUCCCUCCUGAUCUUAGGUUUCUUGACUUCCUUUCACUCUCGAGUGUCCCGCUGCAUCAUUCAGUCCUCAUUCAACUUAUCAGAAUAUGUAAAUCAUCCUUGUGGUUGCCAGUGUGCUGGGUGUCAGCACGGAGAGGUGGUGUCGUCUGGCGCGGGUGGAUGUCAAGGCAGGAUGUGGUAGUGGGGCCUAGUGUCAGCAAUGUCAGGUUCAGCUUCCUGUGGCCUAAUCAUUUCAGUAUGGGGGCUCGGAGGAGAGUGGGUAGCCUCUGUUUCUGCUCUGCAGGACUGCGGCUUCACGGCAACAACCUUGUCAUGCAAGCUUCGUCCUGCCUCGUUUGGUCCCUGA